UUAAUUAAGAAACAAGGGAUGCGAACCCACUCCCCCUGACCCCUGUGUCCAGCCUGUUCUUUAAUUCCAGGCUGCCGCAAAGAAUGCAGAGGCUUCUCGAAAACAAACACGAGUUUGAGUUGUCGAAUACCGGCUGAGACAGUGACAGCAGUGCACGGAUAAUUGCCCUGCCAACAGCCAAAAUGCAAGCGUAAAGGCCUGCAAUUGCUUAAGGAGCUGCCUCCGUCAUCCAUUCUUGUGUUACAACACAACAACAGCUCUCAUCUGGAGAUCACCCUGUUGAUCCUGGUCAACUGCAACAUGGCGACUCUCACAUCAGGCCCCGAGGAGAAGCCGCUAUACAACUCCCUCCCACCCUCUCCACAGCUCUCAUACACCUCAGAAGGCGAGCUGGAUACACCAAAACACCCUCGCCGCGCCGCCGUCUCUCCCAUCCCCGAAAAGGACACGCCUGAAGACCCGCUCGCCUCUCCUCAUCCACCACAACAACCAGAACUCGAACCGCUGCAACCACACUCCCACUCAGAGCCCUUCCCAGCUCCAGUCCCCGACUACGACCCCUCUAUCGGCGCAAAGCCCUACUCCCCCUUCUACCGCCAUGCAACAACACCCUCCGCGGCCUCAGCCAUCGCCCGCUUCACCUCGCAGCGGAAACGCACCCGCAGCUUCGGCAUCGCCAGCCCCAUCGAUGACCUGGAGAACGGGUCGCGCCCGCCAUGGAAGCGGCUAAGCGACGACGAGACGCGGAAUAUGAGCACGACGAACCGCGAUUCGAAGCUCUGGGCGCAGAAGAAGCGGCGGUUCGACUGUCUGAGCGGGCUGAGCAAGAAGCAGCGCAUCGCCGUCAAGAUUGUCAUCGCGGUCGUGGUGGUGGGAUGCAUGGUGGCGAUUGCGCUGGGGAUCACAGCAGCAGUCGGCGGGGGCGUUUGGAGCGGGAAUCACCGGUCGGAGCAGGUCCAUUAGCCUGCGUCUUUCUUUCUUGUAUAUGUAACAGACUCCCUAACUUGUAACUAUCCGUACUGGGUGCCUGAAUGUCAGUGCCUUACUGCCUGGGUGCCUUGGCUGUGGGUCAGUCACGUGCCGCACGCAAAUAAAUACAGAAAAUUCUGCGGCGCUUCCUCUUCUUCUCUUUUCUCUCCCAUA